UUCUCUGAACCAAAAAGAAAAACAAUAUAUCUCUGUUUCUCCUCUGACACUCACUCACUCUCUCUCUCUCUCUCUGUUUCUACUUUCAAGAUUCAAAUUUUUGUGUUUCCUGAUCCACUCAUCUUUUGAUCCUUCUCAAGUCUUAUCUGUUUCUUGUCUACACUGAUCUCUCUCUCUAUUUGAAACUCUAGAUUCAUAUCUUCUAGAGUUGAAAACCAGAUCACGAUCCAGAAGAUAUCGGAGACGGAGCUUGGUAAUGCUAGAUCCCACCGAUAAAGUUAUCGAAUCAGAAGCCAUGAAAACAUCAACAGAUGCGAUCGAAGAACACAGCAGCAGUAGCAGUAAUAUCAUCAGCAACGAGAAGAAGAGCUGUGCCAUUUGUGGUACUAGCAAAACCCCUCUUUGGCGUGGCGGUCCCGCCGGUCCCAAGUCGCUCUGUAACGCAUGCGGGAUCAGAAACAGGAAGAAAAGACGAACGCUGAUCUCGAACAGAUCAGAAGAUAAGAAAACGAAGAAUAAGAAGAAUCAAAGCAGAAAUCCGAAGUUGGGUGACUCAUUGAAACAGAGACUGAUGGAACUGGGGAGAGAAGUGAUGAUGCAGAGAUCAACGGCUGAGAAACAACGGAGGAAUAAGCUCGGCGAAGAAGAGCAAGCCGCCGUCUUACUCAUGGCUCUCUCUUAUGCUUCUUCCGUCUAUGCUUAGUAACGAAUUUUCUUGGAUCUCACCUUAUUUUCCAUUAAGGUGAAAAUAAAUAUAAUUAAUUUUGUAGGAUAUGUAAAACCAAUUUUAAUUGUUGUAAUUUUCAUUUUUUUUGUUCGUUUGGCGUUUGUUGUUGGAUUAGCUUUAAAAUUAAUUGUAUCUGGUUUUGUGUGAUCUCUCUACCUCUCUAUGUGGGGAGAAAGGAGAGAAUGAAAUUUCAAAGGUCAAAGAUAACUCAAAUUUCUUUUCGGA